AAUUUUGUUGUAAUUUUUAUUAGAUUUUAAUGAAAUUUAUUGAUAAUCAAAUUACUUGUCGUUAGUAUAAACCACAUCAAAUUUUUGCUGUGCGAUUUCUGCAGUUUUUUGAUUUUGCUGUUUGGAAAAUUGGAAAAACUGUAUAUGCGGUUUUUUGAUUUGUAUUUAUUGUUAUCUUCUAAGGCAUAAAGAGUAGAAGAAUGAGUUACAUUCUGAAAACUCUGAGGAAGAAGAAUGAGGUAGACUCCAUAAUUAGAGACACCUUAGAAAAGGUCCUUGUCCUCCGCUUCGGCCGACCAUCCGAUUCUGCUUGCCUCCAUCUCGACGACGUCCUCUGUAAAUCGGCGCGGGAGGUUUCUAAGUUUGCAACUGUGGCUUUGGUAGAUAUUGAUUCUGAAGAUGUUCAAGUUUAUGUCAACUAUUUUGACAUUACUUUCAUACCUUCAACUAUUUUUUUCUUCAAUGCUCAUCACAUGAAGAUGGAUUCCGGUACCGCUGAUCAUACUAAAUGGGUGGGAGCAUUUCACCAAAAGCAAGAUUUCAUUGAUGUAGUAGAGGCUAUAUAUAGAGGAGCCAUGAAAGGGAAGCUUAUUGUGCAUUGUCCCUUGCCACCAGAACGUAUUCCGAAAUAUCAGUUAUUAUACAAAGAUGUAUAGAAGAAGGUGAGUUCAUUACUAAAGCCUUCAUAUGUGCACAGAUUGUCAAUAUGAAACUGUUUGGAACUUUCUUCAUGCAAAGUCAAAACGUUUUUUAAUCGACGGGCAAUUUGGAUUCAGUAGAAUGUUUUCUCCAGACCAUGUAAAAUUGCAUAUUGGCCUAAAUUACGUUUCUUCUGUGUAUGAGAUUGAGAUGAUGUAUUGAAGACCUUGGGAUGCCCUUGCCUGUAGAUAGUUAGAGAAUCUGAGGUCCAAUUGAAAAUGGUUAGACAAACUCCAAACUACAAUACUACAUACAGAACAAUAAAAGUUUAGAAUUUUUCUUUGGUGAGGGCAUGUGUUUUGCCCCUAUCCAUAAUUUUUCUUCAUGUGAUGGUACUUAGUGUCAUUUUUUUAUCUGAUUAUUAGGUACUCCAAUCUGCUGUGUAGGAUUAAGAAUUGGACUUUGUUUAUAUUUUUCGUUUGUUGAAUCUUUUUUCUGAUUUUGUUGUGUCUACUCUUUUUGUCAACUUGUUAGAGCAUUUAAUAAUGAAAAUUAAUGCAUAACAUAGUGAGUUAUAAUUGUAGAUGACAAUCAUGUAAGAAAGACAGUAGUUUCAAUUGUU